AUGCUUGGGACCCUCUUCGUCCUUGCGAAUGGAAUGCCUCCGAUCCACAGAGAGUACAACAGUCACUGCCGCUGUCUGCAGCUGGAGACCAGGGUCAUCCCUCCAGAGAGUCUGCGCAGCAUCAAGAUCCUGCCAGAAGGACCACACUGCCCCCAGGUCGAAGUCAUCGCUGGCCUGUCCACGGGAGAGAAGGUGUGUCUGGACCCACAGUCUUCAUGGGUCAAAAAACUGGUGAAGUUCGUGAUGGAGAAGCAGAUGCAGGCGCCGCUCAAAACACACUCCUAA